GUGCCACUGACCACUCUGUGCUUUUAUGAAGUUCUCAAUAUGCGGUUUCUUCUGUUACGCAGUUUCCUGACCAUUAAUGGACUUGUGUAUGUUUCUGUAUACAUGCCGUACAGCUUGUCCUGUAGAUACCAAACAGAAUUUAAGCCAUUAUGAACAAAAUCAUGAUUUACCUAAAGCGUUUGUGCACUUUUAACAUCUGACUGGAAGAGAGGAACGGCAUCUCCAGACUCAGUAUAUUUCCUUUAAUAUCUACAAUGCUGGUGCAGUAUGUCAUUUUGUUCAGAGUUUCUAUGGCAUGUCUGGGGAAAAGAUAUAAAGACUUGUCCAAAUGAAUGUCUGGGCUUCGACUCUUCGCUUCAGAUGUAACUGUGUUACAUGGAAAAAUGAAUCAAUCAUGACAGGCAUGACAGAAUUUUCUUCUUGAAAUGGAUACAGUUGUGGUUGGAAGUCACACAGCAGGAUUUGUAGUUUGAUUAAUUUAUCGUUUUGGUACUGCUGGCAGCUUUCUUUAGUGAGGAAGUUUAAAAAUGAGAAAAAAAAGACAACCAAAAAAAAGCUCAGUAAUCCCCAGAUUUUUUUGACCAGUAUAAUUAUGGACCUGAGAUGUGGUUUUGUUUGUAUCAUUGUUGUUAAAAUUUGUGAUUUCAUUCACACUUAUCUAGUUCAUCCACCUGUCCUGCAUCAUUUGAUUGAUAUGGGAUACAUUAGCCAUUAUUCAUAAGUUGUGUCAAAUCUAAGAAUUAAAAUGAGCACACGCAAUUUUCGCUGACUACAGGGCCCCUAAGGUGACAUGGUGAUUAUUUUUUAAUACGCUGUGGGCACAAAUUAAUAUAUUGUGGCCACAGUUUACUAAAUUGAGGCCACAAGUCAUCAGAAACUUAACCUAUAGAGUAAUUUAUGACCAAUAAGUUUUUAAUAGCCUCACCAUAUUAAAAAAUAAUCACCAUGUCACUUUAGUGGCUUCGUAUUCAACAGUUUUGUGAAUCAUCAGUUUCAUCUUUGACGUAUCUGUAUAAUCUAACUCAUGUCUGAUAGGAAUGUGUAACAAACAACCUGAAAAAAUGCCUGCUAACGGUUAACUAACCUAAACUAUAUUAAUAACCAUCUAUAAAACCAGCAAUUUAAAAACUAAAAAUCAAAAAUAACAAUCGUUUGUGCUUAGCAAUCCAGUACAAAACUGGAUGUACUUAUUUUACAUGCACACUAGUAUCAACAAAUAUACCUCAUUUCAUUUAAAGACAUUUUACACUGUUUUGUACUUCUGACACCUGACAAAAAUAAACACUACAAAACACAGCUAGUGCAGAAGUAUCUCAUAUACUGCACAAUCGCAUCAUUCUGCAUUCUUUAAAAACUAAGAAUUUUUGCAUAAUUUCACACUUUAUUCCUUCCAGUCGUUGUAGUUUCAACACUAUAAAGUUUGGUCAGUAGGGGGGGCUGUGCACUCACUGCUUCACCUCAAACUCCGCCUACAAGCACAGCCAUUGGUUUGUAAGUUGCUAAAAGUGGACUUGUUAUUGGCUCCCUACCGAAACCUCUGUGUGAAUUAAGUUGUGCUUCAUGUCAAUGAUUUGUAAAUGAGGUCCUGGUAGACAGAGCUUGAUUUCAUGCACUAAAGCAGAUUAAUCAUUUGUGCUUAAAUCACCACUUGUUUUCACAGCUUACGAAAGUUUCACAAUAUUGCGGUCUGAACGACACUUGUAGCAGAACAAUAAGUUCAGACAAUAGUGGCGCAGGCAUAGAGAUAUUUUGAUGAUAUGUAGUUAAGCUAAAGCUAAAUGACAUUUUUGCCAACUAAAGUAGCUCAGAAACCUUAGCCUUUCUAGCUGAUUAAGCGUGGUCACUCAAUUUCUGUUCCACAGUGCAUAAUAUCUUACACACACUGUCCAGGCUUGUUAGACAAGUUGCAAGUAUGAGUCAGUUCAUGGCACCAACACUUACUCUGGUACAGCAUAAAAGUGGAUAUACCGAAGUACUUUUGCCAAUGAAAAGAAAUCUUUCCAAACCAUCUCAACAGAGAUCAGAAAAAUAAAGGACUUUCAGAAAGAUGUCACGGGACUAAAGUACCUUUGACUCAGCUUCCCUUCUUUAGGCAUUUUCUGUGGCGGAACAUUCAUGGCUGAGUUCAUUUAAAUAGAAAAGCCCCGCCUCAUUAGCAAAUACAUUUCAGCUGAAAUCACUAGUGCUAGAGAGACUCGGUUGUCUCUUGCUGCACCAUAAUUUAUGUCACCUGUCACAAAUACAAAAUUAAUUUGUUGAAGGGUGGGGCCAUCUUCACUUGUGCUUUACAAAAAGGUGUAGUCAAGGUACAAGGGUACUUACUGGGAUGUGUAGUCAUGGGGUCAAUGCAGGCUAGUCUUUUGCUGCUUGUUGGCAUUACCUUGGCUGAAGCUCACUGGUCAGGAUGGGAUAGAUGGAGUCAAGACUUUAAUAGGUUUAGGUCAAACAACUUCUUAAGGCUACCUCAAGCUCCAGCAGAGUUUCACCCUCGGGCAUUUAGUCAAAAGCCAGCUGUAAGUCCUGUGCAGACAGCAGUCCAGGAUCCUGUGCAGACACCAGUCCAAGAUCCUGUACACAGUCCUGUGCAGAUACCAGUUCAGGAUCCUGUGCAGAUGCCAGACCAAGAUCAUGUGCACAGUCCUGUGCAGACGCCAGUCCGGGAUCCUUUGCAACUGCCUGUACAGAGUCCUCCACUUACAGGUCUAAACCCACCAGUCCGGAAUCUGGUUCAGACUUCUGUGCCGGCAACUGUCAAGAGUCCUGCACUGACAAAUGGUUUAAACCCUGUACAGGCACCAGUUCAAGACCCAGUUUGGAGUCCUCUGGCAGUGCCUGCCCAGAAACCUCCAUUAACAGCAGACCAGGAUCCAGUUCAGAAUUCUCUGCCAGGGUCUGCCCAGGGUCCUGCACCAGUUCAGAAUCCUGCUCUAACAAGUGUUCCAAAAACAGCAAUUGUGUCAGUCUGGGAUCCAAAUCAGGAUUCUCUUCCAGUGCCUGCACAGAGUGCUGCGGUAACAGGUGUAAGCCCACCAGUCUGGAAUCUGGUUCAUACACCUGUGCCAGCACCUGAUCUGCAUCCUGUGCAGACAAAUGGAUUAAACUAUGUACUUGCACCGGUUCAGGACCCAUUUCAGAAUCCUUUGCUGACAGGCAAUCUAGACCCUAUACUCACACCAGCCCAGAGUCCAGUUCAGACUCCUGUGCAGGCACCAGGUUGGCAUCCUGCUCAGGCACCCUUACCCCCACCAGUCAAGGAUCCUUUCCACACACAAGCCCAGACACUACCUGAGCCCCUGAAGAAGCUGGCUUGGCAUUUCCCCAAAGUUCCAGAAAGGCCUCAGCAGCCCCCAGUACACUUAGAUAUGCGACAACCUACCCCAGCUAACAGCGUGGCUGCUGCGUGUGGGGAGAGUGUGGUGCUUGUGGAAGUGAAGCAAGACUUGUUUGGAACUGGGCAUCUAGUAAACUCUAGUUCUGUGACUCUUGGAGGGUGUGCAGCAGUAGGACAGGAUUCUGAAGCUCAAGUGCUUAUCUUUCAAUCUGAACUCCAGGCCUGUGGUAGUGUGUUAUCUAUGACUGAAGAUGACCUUGUCUACAGCUUCAACCUUAUUUACAGUCCAGAACGACUACCUGGUACUCCCAUUGUCCGAGCAGGGGGUGCAGUGGUUCAUAUUGAGUGCCACUAUUCAAGGAAGCACAAUGUGAGCAGCAAUGCCCUGGUACCCUCAUGGGUACCUUAUGCAUCUACAGAGGUUGCAGAGGAGCGUCUGGUCUUCACCCUGAAGCUUAUGACUGAUGACUGGAAGUUUGAGAGACCAUCAAACCAGUACUUUCUGGGUGAUUUCAUGAAGAUUGAGGCAUCUUUAAUGCGGUUCAACCAUGUACCUCUAAAUGUCUUUGUGGACAGCUGUGUAGCAACUGCUGUUCCUGAUGAUAGUGCAAGUCCAAGAUACUCUUUUAUUGAGAACCAUGGGUGUUUGAUUGAUGCCAAGAUUACUGGGUCCAACUCUCACUUCAUGCAACGGGUUCAAGGAGACAAGUUGCAGUUUCAGUUGGAAGUGUUUAGAUUUGAACAGGACAACAGUAGCUUGAUCUACAUCACAUGUUCUUUGAAAGGCUCAACAGCUUCAUAUCCCACUGAUGCUGAGCAUAAAGCUUGCUCCUUCACAGCCAAUGGGUGGAUUGCUGCAGAUGGCAAUAACCAAGUUUGCAGUUGCUGUGAUACAAACUGUAGCUUACGGAAGGGAAGAAAUGUACCUAUUGAUGAAGGUCUACACUUUGAAGCUGAAGUCUCUCUAGGCCCAAUCUUGGUCAAGGAAGAUGCUUAGGCUGAUUACAAUGAUGUAAUGGAGUUUCUUAAAAUAAAACUUUGGG